AUGCCAAAGGCCUACACACCAGUGCACGCCUCCAUCCCGGAGGAAGACCAAUUCUCCUCAGACGACGAGAGCAACUUCCGGCUUCACGAGAUAGACCGAUCCGCAUCCCGAUCGCGCUCCCCGAAGGAAAAUGACGCCGAGCCGUCCAUCCUCGCACCGCUUGUCCGCAAAUCGACCGAUUUCGAGACCUACCUAGACUCCCUCACCGAAGACGAGCAGCAACUGCUUUCCGCGUCGAAAGACGAUGAAUUCGAUCGGCUCGGCGACGGCAAGGCCGCCCUGCGACGGAGGUUUUCCGAGUCGAAGAAGCGGAGGAAGUUGCUUGCGAAGCGCGGUGGCUGGCGCGCGGUUUACUAUUCCAAGACUUGGUGGCGGACGCUGGUCGUCGUCAUCAUUGCCCUCGGGCUGCUGGUAUGGGGAUUCUUGAAAUAUGCUUCGAAGCGCGGGGAUACUUGGGAGGAGUAUGACAUGCCCGGGCCGGACUCGUACUUCCCUACGCCGAAGGGAGGGACGCUGCAGCACUGGGCGGAGAGCUAUGAGAAAGCGUCGAAGCUAGUAGAGCGGAUGACGCUGAUUGAGAAGGUCAAUAUCACGACGGGCACAGGCUGGCAGAUGGGGAUGUGCGUCGGGAAUACGGGGCCCGCCGAACUCGUCCGCUUCCCAUCGCUGUGUCUGCAGGAUGGUCCGCUUGGAAUCCGCUUCGCAGAUCACAUCACCGCGUUUCCUGCUGGAAUUACCACGGGCGCGACGUGGAAUCGGGAUCUUAUGCGCCAGCGUGGUGCUGCGAUUGGGCUGGAAUCCCGCUUGAAGGGAGUGAACGUCAUUCUUGGCCCUUCCAUGGGCCCUCUUGGUAUGAUGCCUGCUGGUGGGCGCAACUGGGAGGGCUUUGGAUCCGAUCCUGUCCUUCAGGCGGUCGCUGCUGCGGAGACCAUCCGUGGCAUCCAGAGCAAUGGCGUUAUGGCCACGGCUAAGCACUACAUAAUGAACGAGCAGGAGCACUUCCGCCAGCCUAACGAAUGGGGUAUACCGUAUGCUCUGUCAUCCAACAUCGAUGACCGCGCCUUGCACGAGGUCUUUCUCUGGCCGUUUGCUGAGAGUAUCCGCGCGGACGUGGCCAGCGUUAUGUGCUCUUACAACCAAGUAAACAACUCGCAUGCGUGCGAGAACAGCAAACUUCUCAAUGGCAUCCUUAAGGACGAGCUUGGCUUUCAAGGCUUUGUGCAGUCAGACUGGCUUGCUCAGCGAUCAGGCGUCAACAGCGCUCUGGGUGGCUUAGACAUGAGCAUGCCCGGCGAUGGUCUUCACUGGGCGGAUGGCCGUUCUCUGUGGGGUAGCGAGCUCACCCGCGCCGCCCUUAAUACUUCUGUUCCGAUGGAACGUCUCAACGACAUGGUGACGCGAAUCGUGGCCGCCUGGUAUCAGCUCGGUCAGGACUCUUGGGAACGCCCACCGCCCGAGGGCGACGGUGGUCCCAACUUCUCAUCCUGGACUAACGACGAGUUUGGCUUCCGGUAUCCUGGUAGCCCGGGUGAUACGUCUGCAGCUCGCGUAAACCGCUUCAUCAAUGCCCAGGGCAGCGGCGAUGACGGCCACUGGAACAUUGCUCGCAAGGUCGCAGCGGAGGGCAUUGUUUUGGUCAAGAACGCCGGCGGAGUCCUGCCUCUGUCUCGCUCACCCAAGCCCAACGCCGAAAGGCCAUACCGUGUUGGUGUAUACGGCGACGACGGCGGUCCCGCGGCCGGGCCCAAUGUCUGCCCUGACCGAGGCUGCAACUCAGGAACCCUCGCGAUGGGCUGGGGUAGCGGCACCGUCGAGUUCCCAUACCUCGUCAGCCCGAUCGACGCUCUCGAAGGCGCCUGGCAAAGCGAUGUCCAAAUGACACCCUACCUCCGAAACGCCGUGAUGCCCUCCGACACCUCAGACAAAGACCUCUGCCUCGUCUUCGUGAACGCCGACUCCGGCGAAGGCUACAUCUCCGCCGGCGGCAUCCACGGCGACCGCAACAACCUCUUCCUCCAGAAAGGCGGCGACACCCUCGUCCAAACCGUCGCCACAAACUGCGGCGGCCCAACCGUCGUAGUCGUUCACGCCGUCGGCCCCGUCGUCGUCGACCCCUGGAUCGACCUCCCAGGCGUCCAAGCAGUCCUCCUCGCCCACCUCCCCGGCGAAGAAAGCGGCAACGCCCUAAUGGACGUGCUCUUCGGCGACGUCGACGCAAGCGGGCGCCUCCCCUACACAAUCGGCAAAAGCGCAGAAGACUACGGCCCCGGCGCACAAGUCCUCUACGAGCCCAACGCGCCAAUCCCCCAAGUCGACUUCUCCGACGAGGUCGCCCUCUACAUCGACCACCGGCACUUCGACGCGCACAACAUAACCCCGCGCUACGAAUUCGGGUUCGGCCUCUCAUACACGAAAUGGGAGCUCUCGAACAUGCAAGUCACACCCCUCAAACACAACCCAUCUCGCCUCCCUGCGCCGCGCCCAGCAGACGCCAUCACACCACCAUCCUACAACCCCAACCCACCCCCCGCAAACGAAUCCGUCCUCUUCCCGCCAGGCUUCCGCAUCCUCUCAAAAUACAUCUACCCCUACCUCCCAACCCUAGAAGCGACAUCCCCUCCCCUUCAAACCCCAAAUCCAAACCCCGAAACCAGCACCACAUCCCCCUUCCAAAAACCCCACCGCACUAAACCCUCCGACGCAGGCGGCGGCGCAGGCGGAAACCCCUCUCUCUACGAAGCCAUCGCACAAAUUGACCUCUCCAUCCAAAACACCGGCACGCGAGCCGGCCAGCAAGUCGUCCAGCUCUACGUGUCCUUCCCAGAAGACGUGACCGAGGCAUCAGGCGAAAAGGGCGUGCCCGAUAUUGAAAUCUCCUUCCCCGACCGCGUCCUACGCAAUUUCACGAAGAUCGCUCUGGACGCGGGGCAGAAGAUGGAUGUGAAUAUGACGCUGACGCGCAAGGAUCUGAGUUACUGGAGCGUGCGCGAGCAGAAUUGGGUGUUGCCCCAGGGCGAGUUUUAUCUUUGGCUUGGGUAUUCUUCGCGGGAUUUGCCGCUCGGGAAGGUUUUUGAGCCUUAG